AUGAUGCUUCCUGAGGGAGACGAAGCCACCCCUCCGGGCACCCCUUCAGUAAACGAAAUCCUUUAUCAACUGCUACAGGCCAUGCUGCAGAUCAUGGAAGCCAUGAAGAAGAUUGUAGAAUUGAUGGACCGCAAUCGCGAAGUGUCGGACCUCAUUGCAAAAUACCUUGUUUGGGUUCUUAAGCAGCAUGCAAUACAGGCAGCACGCGAUAUAGCGCUCGGCGCACCGUUCUUCAGUGAAGGACAGAAUCCCAAGCUGUUACCAGCAUUCUUCACGGAUCUGGAAUAUUUGUUCAAGGAUUCUCAGAUCACAAGCGACAGCAUCAAGCUUCGCUAUCUUUUGCGGUAUCUAAGCCCAAACCUGCGCGAAACUGUCCGACAAGGAGCCGGCUAUGCCGCUAAAAGCUACGACGGUGCAAAGGAGGAACUUCUCAAGGCAUUUGGCAAUCCAAAGGCUAUCCGCUAUACCGAAGAAGACCUGGAUGCCUGUGUCAAGGAAUACUCGCAAAGGUCAAUCAAGACGAUAGAAGAUUUUCACGCUCGACAUAUCAGGUUUAACUUGAUAUCUCGCGAGCUGCGGAAGAUUGGGGUGUCAGAGCAAGCACUUGACAGGGCAUAUGUCAAAAUUAUGCCUUUUGAACUACGCGAGAAGAUUCUCGGUGCUUAG